AUGAGGGACGAUGCGCCGUUCCCAAGCCAUGCAGACCAGGACUCCAUCUGGCAACGUUCGCCCUUGGGACCACUCACAACAUGGCCAGAGUCCUUGCGGGCCUACUUUCUGACCGCAUGUGAUUUGCCUGAUCCUGCCGCGAUCUUCUGGGGCGAAGACCACAUCCUACUCCGGAACUCGUCUUGGGGAGAAGCACAGUCAAUCAUCCGGGAGCAGGGUCAACCACAGCGACAUGUCCUCUCCAAGUCGCUGCGAGAGGCGCUGCAAAGUGCAACACGAAGCAAAGUUUCCCAGCAGCAUCGAAACGGUGACGUUUUCGACGAACUUGCUUCUGGGUGUCGCGAUGUAAACAAUGUAACACUCAGUCCUCUUCGUGCAGGGGGCGUGCUGGUGCAUCUCGUUCGACCACAUCAAUUAGACUCCGGCUCCAACCCAAACACAGACUCGGAUGCGAACGAGCACCCCAAGGAGAGCGAUAGACCGAAUGACAACAUCCCGCUCAACGAGCACCCAUUCUUUCGGCGCUUCUCCGAGCUAUUACCAUCAGGAUUGGCCAUACUCGACCGGAAUGCCAAGGCCGUUUUUGUAAACCAAAAGUUUUGGGACCUGACGACUCUUCAAGACGAUGAGCAAUUCACUUCCUGGCCACAGAGCAUCCAUCCGGACGAUUAUGACAGAGUCAUGGGUGCUUACCACGAAGCGUUCUCCUCACAAAAAGAGCUCAGGAUCGAGUUCAGAGCGAGGGACGACCCUCAACCCUGGCGACUCUUGCUGCUGACUCCGCUAGGGGAUGAACAACCCUAUCAGCUCAGCACACGCGAUCGCGGUGGCUUUAUCUGCAGUAUCAUCGACAUCAGUUCCGAAAAGCAUGCAGAAUUGACUGAGAGGAAAGCAGCGCAGCAGGCUCAUGAACGUAAGGAGCAGCAGGAGCGUUUCAUCGACAUGAUAUCUCACGAGAUAAGAAACCCCCUCUCCGCAGUAGUACAUUGCGCUGAAGACAUCGGUGAGGCAAUCGGAGAAAACGGCAGUGCUACAAAAGACGUCGACGUUGGUAUGAUUCGCGAGGCACUCGCAACGAUCAAUCUCUGCGUAAAGCAUCAGCGCAACAUUGUCGAUGAUGUGCUGUCGUUCAGUAAGCUGGACGCCUCUUUACUUUCACUGAGACCGGCAAUCUGCGAGCCUUCAAAGGCUUUAGACACGACACUGAAGAUGUUCCAGCAUGAAUUUCGGAAACAGAAGCUGCAAUUUAGUUUCCAUGUAGAGCCGGGGUACGACGCUAUACCUGUUGGUAGCGUACUGGCCGAUAUGCCACGGAUCGGGCAGGUGCUGAUCAAUCUUAUGACGAAUGCAAUCAAGUUCACCCAGCGUGGCAAUGGUGAGAAGCUCAUAUCCUGUGCUGUUUCGGCAAGGGAGACUCGACCAGAGUCCUACCCUCCAGAUAUAGUGUUCUUCAGAUCGGAGAAUCUCUCGAAAAUGGACGCCACAAACAACAGGGAUUGGGGCGAAGGCGAUGCAUUAUACAUCAUGGUAGCCGUCAAGGACUCCGGAAUAGGGAUUUCCAAAAGCAAUCAGCAACGAUUGUUCGAACGAUUUCGACAAGCAACCCCGAAGACUGGCGUCGACUAUGGCGGCAGUGGCCUCGGCCUCAACAUCUCGCGAAAAAUUUGCCAGCUGCACGGUGGGGAGAUUGGUGUUUCAUCAGUUGAAGGAGAGGGCAGUACGUUUGGAUUCUUCUUCAAAGUUAGACGAUUUCAAGACAACGAGAAUGGUGAGGGUACAGCACGGCAGGACAUUGACACUGAGGCGAGGCUGCGUGAGAGCGUCCAAGACGGUAUAGACCAGGCCACAACGGUUCCAGAAAUUGGGACAGAACCAUUCGAAUGGACAUCUACCCCCUCAAAGGAGCGCGCAUCGUUCUUUGACAUUCCUGAGGUGCGAKGGUCCUUUAUGAGCGCCAAGGAAAAUGGAGAUAGUGCUGUGGAACAAACACAAUCCGGAAGCGCAAAUUCGACAACUAGCGACUUCCAGAAUGGAGGCUCCGACCAGGUCAAGCCAGGCGGGACGGCAGUAUCACGUCCCCAGCACGUGCUACUUGUAGAAGACAACAAAAUCAACCAGCGGCUUCUCUCUCGGAAGUUGGAGAAGAAAGGCUUCAAAGUGACGACAGCGAACGACGGGCAAGAAGCCGUCUCGAAAGUGCAGGACGCACACGAGAGUCACGACGACAACCGUGCUUUUGAUACAAUUCUAAUGGACAAGGAGAUGCCUAUCCUAGAUGGUAAUUCAGCGACACGAGAGAUUCGAGAGAUGGAGCUCCGCGGCCAGCUCCCGCGAGCGCCAAUCAUCGGCGUCACCGCGAACGUGAGGGGUGAGCAGCAAGAUGAGAUGAUCACCAGUGGAAUGGAUGAUGUGAUCUCCAAGCCGUACGAAAUUGACGAGAUGGUUACCAAGAUCCGCAAGCUCAUGAAGGGUCAAGAAGACGACAAAUCUGCGAAGUCAUAG